AUGGAUCAGAACAUGGAUCCUAACAUGAACCAGAACAUGGGCCCGAGCAUGGAGAGAGCCGAUUCAAUAAAUGUAAAAGAAGUUCCCCAGAUAAGAGGAAGAAUAAAUUUCGAAAAAGAAAAAUACACGAAAGAGAAAAGUGAAAAACGCAGCUGUAGAUUAAAUAAAGGCACCCUAGAGAGAUACAAUAAUCAUAAAUCAAAUAUGAAUAAAUCAACAAGUGCUCAUAAAAGAAAAAUGGUUCGUGGAUUUAAACAAAUGAACCAGGAAGACCUCUUACUAAAUGUUCUAAGAAAAGAACACACAUAUAUAACAGAGGGAGGAGAAGAAGAAAAGGAAAAAGGUACCCCCUUGAUAUGUAAUUUUUCUUCUCCCUCUCUUUCUCACGUUAGAGAAACGGAUACAGGACCACACCUCAUUGAGGAAAGACAAAAAGGAUGCACAAAAAUUGAUAAACAUAAUGUCCAGACGUAUUAUGAAUUAUAUAAUGUAACAAAAUUUCAUCAUAUAGAUAAAGGAAGAAAAAGGAAUCGUUUAAUUAAAUUUUAUAAAGAUGCACAGAUUAAAAAAAGUGUGAGGAAAGGAACUAGUCAAUAUAUCGAUGAAGUGAUGGAAGAUAAAAAUGAUGAUCCAUUUUAUUUCUUCACUCGACAGCAUGUCGGAUGUAAGAGAAACAGAAAAGAUGAUAUAACGUCCAACAUUUUGAGCCUCGAAUGGAAUGAUAAGGAGCCUUCUAAUUUUCUGUUUAAUUGUUGCAAUCAGGAAUUAGUGAAGAAAUAUGUAAAUAUUCAUAACACUGAUUUUAUUGAAAUUCACGACAUUUUUGAUGAAACAAAAUUAAAUUUUGUUAGGAAUAAAAAUUUCUGCUUUUACAAAAAUGAACAAAUGAAUAAAUUUUACAAAGAUAAGCAUGAUCAAAAAUCGGGAACUCGACAUGCCAUCAGAGUUCCUCACCACGUGUGGGGGAAGCCCUUGCACAACCCCAGUGCGAACGACCAAUUUGCGAGGGUUCCUGGGAAGGGGAAAGGGGAUGCAUCAAAUGAGGAGGAAAAUGAGGAGGCAAAUGAGGAGGCAAAUGAGGAGGCAAAUGAGGAGGCAAAUGAGGAGGCAAAUGAGGAGGCAAAUGAGGAGGCAAAUGAGGAGGCAAAUGAGGAGGCAAACGAAGAGGCAAAUGAGGAGGAUGCAGAAGAAACGAAGCAACAGCAGCUACUACAAUAUGAGGACGGAGAAGAACAAAAUGAAGGCACGUACUUCAAUCGAACAUCUGAUGAUAGAAGUGCCAUCAACAUGCACGAUAACCACAUUUACCAUAGCAUCGAAUAUGGGGAGGACAUAUGUAAAGGGGUCUCCUUCGAAGAAACCAUCUUAGAAGAAAUGGAUAAACAGAAUGAGGAGUAUCACUUAGAGAUGGAGGAGAUAGAUUUGAGACCCAGUCGGGGGGAGCUAAUAGAGGAUCCUAUUUCCACUGAACGUGGGGAAGAGACAGAGAGGGAGAAAAAUGCUAACGGAUUGAUUGAUGGUAUGGGUGAGGUAGAAGCCUUGGAUGAGGUAGACGUGAUGGGUGAGGUAGACGUGAUGGGUGAGAUAGAUGCCAUGGAUGAGGUAGACGUGAUGGGUGAGGUAGAUGCCAUGGAUGAGGUAGAUGCCAUGGAUGAGGUAGACGUGAUGGGUGAGGUAGACGUGAUGGGUGAGGUAGAUGCCAUGGAUGAGGUAGAUGCCAUGGAUGAGGUAGAUGCCAUGGAUGAGGUAGACGUGAUGGGUGAGGUAGAUGCCAUGGAUGAGGUAGAUAUAAUCAAUGUGGAUAUCGACAAAGAAUUCGAUUUCGAUGAAGGAGAUGACAAAAUGGAAAACAGAAAGGGAGGAGAAAGUUGUUCCAAUAUUAGCAAGGACCAUGGAGAAAAAUUAUUGAGUGUAGUUAAUGAUGAAUGGGAGAACUUAUCCAAUUGUCAGGAAGAUGGCGUGCUUGAAGCAUUUAAUUUAACUGAAGAUGAAUCAAAUGAAAAAGAGAAUAACGCAUUCUUUGAUCUUUGUUUUGAUAGCAAGAAGGAUUUACAAAGAGGGAACGAUGGGACCAAUAAGACGAAAGAACAUUCUUAUUUCGAGGAUGUCGAAAUGAAAGAAUCUCACUGCAGUAGGAAAGAUGAUAAUAUAUUUUUUAACGUCUUAGAUGAAGAGGAGAUGGUGAUAAAUAGAGAUGUUCCAAAAGAUAAGGAAGACUUUGACGAAGAAUGUUCAAUUGAAAAAUGUGAAAAAAAAUUUCAAAAUAUUUUGGAAAGUCGAAGAAGUGGAGAAGGGUAUCCCAUCAAAGGAGAGAAGGAACCAAGUUCAAAACAAACAAAUAAUGAUUUUGCAAAUGUUGCAAAAUUAAGUGACAUUUUUGAUUCUAUAAAAAUGGAUGAUAAUGAGAAGGAUAUCUAUCAAACAUCUUUUAAAAAAAAUGAAGAAAAAGAAAAUUCUCUUUUAUCAGAUUUUGAUGGAAUGAUAAAAGGGCAAAUACAGGAGGUAGAUGAAGCGGAUCAACUCAAUCUAAUACCAAUACUCCCACCAGAUGAUGAUGACGAUGACCCAGUAGGAAAGUUGAAUAAAGGACAUUUGCACAUAAAUGGUGAUCAGGAAUUUAUUAAGGAUCUAGAUUUAAUGAAAGAAAGAAAAAGUUUUUCAUACAAAGAGAUGAUGUAUUAUCCCUAUGACAGUUUUAUAGACAGGCCAAAUGAAACGAGUUACACAAAUAUGAGCUAUAUGGUUCAUCAAAUGGAUAGUAGCUUGAAAAAAAGGGAGUGUACCAUUUUUAGAAAUAUUUAUCGUGAUUAUUGGGGUCACUCAGAAAAUCAUCGGCAUGAUAGUGGUGGUGAUGGAAGUUAUGGAGGUGAUGGAAGUUAUGGCAAAGAUGGAAAUUAUGACAAAGAUGGAAAUUAUGACAAAGAUGGAAAUUAUGGCAAAGAUGGAAAUUAUGGCAAAGAUGGAAAUUAUGACAGUGAUAAGAAUUAUGUCGCUGAUGACGAAUUGUAUCUAUUCGGAAGUGACAUUACGAACAAUGCGUACAUAUACAUGCUGUUAAAUUACAAAAAUAUAAACAAGUAUAGCUACGAGAAUUUUUUGUGCCCGUUGAAUUGUCAAGAUUACACAGAUUAUGUUUUUAAGGAUAGAAGAAGGGAUAAUGAGAUCCUAUAUAAUGAAAAUAUUAUUAGGGAAGUUUUUAAAAUUGAUGAAAAUGAUCAAGAAGAUACAAAAAAAGAAUUGAUUCGGCGUUAUGGAAGAGACUAUAGAAACAGAAAUGGUUUUAUUACAUUUCGUCACGACGAGACAGAUACAUUUCUUAAAAAAAAUAAACAAAUAGAAGAGGGAAUUCCAAAUGAAGUUCUCACUAAAGGAAUAACAGGAUCGAUGUAUAAAGGUGCUGAUUAUUCCAUGUCAAUGCUGCAAGAUGAUAAUAGUAAAGGCGAAAUGGUUAAUGUUCCAAAACGUAUGGAUAGCCACAUCAGUAUUGUCGAAAAUUUGACGAGAAAAACAAAUGAAAUGUUUUAUAUGAACCUGCAGAAUUAUCCAUUUGGUUGUAAAAAUACAGAUGCAGUUAAUCACAUCCAUUUAGAGAACUUUUCAAACAUAUGGAAUCAUUUAUAUUCAAAAAAAAAAUAUUUUGAAGAAAGAGGAAAAGAUACCAUCUUACACGAAAUAAAUCAAAAACUAGCAUGUCAAAUACAAAGGAACAAGCAAAUUUCAUAUCUUUUAAAAAAUAUUUUUUUAAAAAAAAAAUCCAUAUCUGACAUAUUGUUAAGAUCAUUAAUAUGUACAAGUGAUGAAUUUAAGUGUGCUCCAAAACAGCGAUAUGAUUUCUCCAUUUUAAAAAUGCACCAAUAUGAGAAGAUAUGUGAAAAUUAUGAACACACAUCUAAGAAUCAUAUUGAUAAUGCCUUAUCAUGGGUACAGGAAAGAGAGAAGAAAAAUCAAUUUCCCUCCAUCAUGGAAAACGCAGAGGAAGAAAAAGCCCCAUUCUCAUUUAAGGAAGAAAACAACUUCUUCAUUGAAAACAUCGAAUUAAGAUUGAAAUGCAUCAAACAUAUUUUAAGCAAACCUAAAAAUGUUUUUUUCUUCACAAACUUGAAGCUAGACAGCUGCUACAGGAAGAGAAAUCCCUACGAAAUUGAAAACCAAAGGAUUUCUUUUAGCACUUUAUAUACACACACACGAAUGACAAAUGAUUAUGAUUAUAAUUAUGAAUUAUCCAACAAGAAGGGAAUAAUUGCAUUUUCUCGAUUUCACAAAUUAGAUUUCAGAACCUCCAUCGAAAAGAAGUGUUUUACGAAUCCUGGAAAUUUCUCUACAGAAGAAACAGAUGAAAUAAAUGAGCAGCAAGUUAAGGAGAAAUUCACUUUACUAAAAUGGAGCUCUCUUAGUGUGGCAUUGCAAAAGUAUGCAUAUUUUCAUAAGAAAAUAUACACCUUUUUUGAUAUCUCAAGAAGGAACAACCAAGGUGAAGUUGGAGGAAUGGUAGUAAAAGAGGGAAAAGUACUGAAAGAUUCGAAAACUUCAGAAGAGAGUAUAUCGAGGAACAACCACCUGGAACUUGUCAGCAGGAUCAGAUGCAGUAACGCGUCAAGUAGUGAAAUGAAAAAGAUGGAAAAAAUGAAAAAAGUUAAGAAAACUUUAGGAAGGCAAAGACACCUUGAGAACCAAUUUAAGCAGAUCGUGGGCAUUUUGAUGGAUCCAUAUUCAGAUUUGAGUUCUUGCAGAAUUGACAAAUGGGAAAUCGAAAAUAAGUUUGACAAUUCGAUGAUAUUAAACUUUAUACAAGAAGAAAAAGAGGAAAAUCACGCUUUUCAUUUUUUCCAUAAUUCUUGUUUACAAGUAAAUGAUAAUAGCCCAUUAGUCAUUCUCGAAUACAUUGAAAAAGAUCCUCUAGUAUUACCCAAGAUUGGUAUGAACAGCAAAUUAAAUCACUAUUUUAUGAACAAAAAUGAGGAAAAUUUGUAUUCAUAUGAAUUUAAAAACAGGCUGAAGCGGAACAUUGAACCUUUUGGAGAAAUUAAUGUCAUCAAUCAUCCCAUUAAUUACUUUGGAAUUUCUAUCAGAUUGAAAAAGACAACACAAAAGUUGACAUUUCUUGAAAACGAACUUUUCAAAGCAUUCCUCUUUUCUCCAUCUGUUUAUCGCAAGAGAAGAUCAAUAUUAGAGGAUCACGGAUUGGAAGAGGUGCUAGAAGAGAAAGUGCUUGAGGAGGUAACUACGGGAAUGGAUGCUGAGAUGGUUGAGGAGGUAACUACGGGAAUGGAUGCUGAGAUGGUUGAGGAGGUAACUACUGGAGUGGAUGCUGAGAUGGUUGAGGAGGUAACUACUGGAGUGGUUUCUGGGAUGGUUGAAAAGUUCUCAAAUGAUGAAGAUGCAAAAUUUUCAAAUGGAACCCAUGUCAACUCAGCAUACCAUGAGAAGGUGGGAGAAAAUGAGACAAAAAGUACAUUCCUUAGGGGAAAAAAAACCAAUGUGAUGGAAUCUACAUCUAUGAAGGAAAAGGAGAAUCUGUUUUACGACACAGACUUUCUGCUUAUAAGGAGUAGCCUUCCAAAAUAUAAAAACAAAAUUUUUCUGAAACCAUUGCAUGUGGAUGAAAACAUAUAUAAGGAACUUGAGAAGGAGAAGGAAGAAUCGAUUCAAAGUAGAUGUGGUGCUAUGGAGUAUGGGGAAGGAAUGGACAAUCAUCCUUUUGGAAAUGUUCCUACUCAGAACAGCAACUAUUGUGAUUCGAAAAAUGAAAUGGUAGAAGGGUACAAUCUUUUCGAAAAAGAGAUGAUUCAUCAGAAUGGGACGAGAUUAAUGCACGAUGAAAGAGAAAAGAACGAUGAAGACAAAACCAACUACCAGGAGACAUCGAAAGGAAGGAUUGCUCCUUUCGUUUUGUUGGACAAGUGCAUCUUCUACAAUGUGGGGUUCUUGGACAUGCAAGUGGAAAUAAUGAACCCAUCGUUUAAACGAUACAUUGUAGAAAAGAGAAACUACGUGAGGAGUUGGUUAGUGAAAUUAAUUGUGAAAUACAAACUGAAAGAUCCCAAAAAAAUUAAAGAAAUUUUAAAAAUAAAAUUGAACGCAUUUAUAAAUGAAAAAGAUAUGAACGCAAUUGUUAAAUCGCUAGAUUUUAAUAUGCUAUUGAACAAAAAUUACAUGAAUGAAGAAAAUGAGAAAAAUUUCUUUAAAAUAAAAAAUGUAUGUACCAUUGAAUGUAUAUAUCACUAUUUACAAAUGUUAAAAUAUGAAGGAAUCAAUUUUAAGUAUAUGAUAGAAAAUGAAGAUAAAUUAAACAAAUUAAUUUCCAUAUUGAAAAUAGAAAAAGAAAGAGCUAAAAAUAAUAUUGAAAAUAUAAAAAAAAGAAUGAAACUUAUCUAUCGAAAAUAUUGCUACAAGAGAGAAGCAAAAACUAUAAAUUUUAAAUUAAAAAAAAAAGAUAUUCAAAUUAGUCCUAUAAAAAAUUAUACAUAUAUUGGAACACACUUUUUUGAUGAAAAUAUGCUGAAUUAUUUGCUCUAUAUUAAAUACUUAAUUUCUUAUUCUCCAUGGAACAUUUUAAAAGAUUACAAUUUUGCACCCUCUCAAAUCGAUAAACCUGUAAACCCAGUUGAUCCUGAUGAAGGGGGAACUCACAUCAGUAGCAACAGCAGGAGGAGGAGGUGUAUGAGAAGAAGAAGAAGAAGAGGAAAAAAAAAAAUAAAAAAAAGUAUGGAAAUGAUAAUGAAUAUAAGAGGAAACAUGAAUAUGAUACGAAAAAGGAAGAGAAGGAGAAGGAGGAGGAAGAAGAAGAAGAAGGAGGAGGAAAAGAAGCAGAGGGAAAACAAAAGGAGUUCCAUAGGAUCUGUGGCAGAUCUGUUGAAAUGUGAUUAUAAGAGAAGAGGAUCAGGAGGAAGAGACAAUGGAUUAAAUGUGACAAAUGGUGGAGAAUUUGCAUUAGGAUCUGAUAAUGAUGACGAAAAUGAUGAAGAAGCCAAGACUUAUGCAAACUCAAGUGAUGAAUGCAAUCGUAGAAUGAAAAUAAAAGGGGAAAAGAAGACUAAAUCAAGGAUAAGAAAAGAAAACCAAUCUGGAUAUUUCACUAAUGAAGAAGCAAAUCAUGUGGACUUGGGUCCCCCGUCUUAUUCAUCUAAUGAGGAGGACUUAUAUCUUAAGCAAGGGAUGAAACACCAAAGAGCAACAUAUGAAAGCACACACAGGAAAGGAGGAGAAGAUGGAAAUGCAAGUAGAAGGAGGAGAAAAAUACAGAAUGAAAGAAAUAAAAAUAUGAACGCGACUGAUAAAGAAAUGAGUGACACAAAAUCGGGUUCAAGUAUGAAUAAAAAAAAAAUGAGAAAAAAUUAUUUCUAUGCUAUGUAUCUAUAUAAUCAAGUUGCAUUCAACGAAAAGAAAGUACAGAAUGAGGAACUACUAGCACACAAAUCAAAAAACAGAAAUUAUCAAAUUCGUAUGACACAUAGGAAGCAACACAUUCACGACUUUAAGAACAACACUAGAAUCUUCCCUGCCCAAUGGAAAAACAAAUGCAAACUGUACGAGCAAAGUAAUAAUAUUCACAAGAAGGAAAUAUUCAGGAGAGAUAAAAAUGGAAACAAGAGGAUCGAUAAAAAAGGAAACCUAAAUUAUUCUAGAAAUAACCAGGGAUACUUUUUGCGAGGUAGAGGGAAAUGCAACUUUAGUUAUUUUCACACGAAGAAACAUUUGAUCAUUGGUAGGAAUGAUAUGAGGAAGGAGAGCAGGGGCGUGGAUCCUUCAGUGUCGAACAAGCGCAGGGGAGUCUAUGGUGCUGUAGAAGAAGUGGAAGAAGUGGAAGAAGUGGACGAGGCAGACGAAGCGGACGAAGCGGACGAGGCGGACGAGGCGGACGAGGCGGACGAGGCGGACGAAGUGAACAAAGCAACUAGCCGAAGGGGAGGAAAUUUCCAAGAUGGACAACGAUUCUACAAUGAAGAUAAUCCAUUAGAAGAAAAGAGAAAAAACGUGCUGGAGAAGAGGAAAAGACAAAUGUUAGACAUAGAAAGAGGAAGAACGAAUGAUGAAACUGAAAAGAAAAUGACAAGAGGUGAAAACGUACUUAAUAAUACAAAAAUAGUAGCUCAUUUAAAUUCUAGAGAUAUAGCUAAGACAUUACUGACCAUUGGUUUUAGCAUGGAUGAAUUAACAAAAAUGAGUAGAAGUGAACAGAUAAGUAAAUUAAAAAGGUGCAUAAGAGAAGGAAGAGUAACGAGGCAAAAUAAAAUUAUAUACAUAUGUAUGAUAAAAAAAAUAAUUUUAGAACAAUUUAAAAAUUUGUAUGUACCUGUUCAGUUAAAAUUAAAUAAUAACAUCUUAUAUCUUAGCGAGAGAAAAAAUACCUUAACAUGUUCAUUCACUGAUUAUCCUUAUGGUGCUUCCAAUAUCGAUCGUGCUGCCUAUUAUGAUGAAAAUAGAAAGCCCUUAACCAAUGUAACUACUUCUACACAUUCAGCAGAUGACCAUUUUGGAAGCGAUGAUUGUACAAAGGAACAUGUAUAUUAUAAGAGAAAGAAAAUUGAAAAAAACAGAAUUAAGUUAAUAAGGAGCUUUUUUCAUGCAUCUUCAAGUGAGAAUGAGGGUUCUUCCUUAUACUCAUCUUCGGCAUCCUCAACAUCCACAUCGACAUCCAUAGAUGACUCGUCCGAUUCUACAUCUGAUGAGUUGAGCCCCUUGGAGAAGGUGGAUCAGAAGCAGGGAAGCACGUGCACUGGUCGUGAACGGAAAGUAGCGAGGGGCAAGGAAGACGGAGGUGGGGACAGCGGUCAUAACAGCGAUGGUGAUGAUGAUAAGGCUGAUGACAAUGAAGAUGAUGAUGACGAUGAGGAGGAUGAAGAAAUGAAACACCUAGAAGUAAUACGAGAAAUACAGACGAAGAAAAAUAACUAUGAAGACGAUGAAAACAAUUAUAAAAUGGUUCAUUGUCUGAAGUGGACAAGGGUAUACGUUAGAAAAACGAAUAAUAAUGACAUUGUUAAUGAUGAGAACAAUGCAAAUUUCUCCAAAUAUGAAUACCAUAAAGGAAAUAUGAACAACAGUGAUGACAUCUUAAACGAGGCUGAAAAAGAUGCAAAUGUUUUGCUGAAUGUGGAAAGGACAAACGUACACACACGUGUUCAUUCAGUAGAAAAUAAAGAUUUAUUGGAUAAUAUGAAAAAGGGAGUGUCAAAAUAUAGUAACAAAAAGGAAGAUGAUGCAAAUAUGAAACACCCACUCAAGGAUAUCGAAAAUAUACUCAUUGAUGAUAAUGACAAAAUAGAUCAUGUACACACCUUGUACAUAUAUGGAGAAAAAAAUAUCAACACAUUUUUGAAAUGGAAAAGUUUUAGAUGUAUGCUUAAAAAAUAUUUUUCUCUUAUAAAUAAAAAUCAUAUCAAUGCAAAUGUGACAACAGAUGAAGGAGCAAUUAGAGAUAAGUCAGUCCAUAAGGAUUAUCCAUAUGUCGAUGAAGAUGCGGGUGAAACUUUUGAUAAAAGCAAUUUCCUCUUCAACAAAAUGAAGAAAAUAAGAUAUAAAAAACUUGUCAGCCACGGAGAAAUGGAAGGAAAAUCAAGAGGAGAAAAUGUGUUACCCAACCUUGCUUACUCCAGUUUUAAAAAUGUUCUUAGCAUAUUCCCAACCGUAGGAGAGGAAUUAAAAACAUGGCAUUUGAGCAAAAAUCAGACAAAUAAAAAUGAAUUAAAAGUAGAAAAGAAAAAAAAAAGAAAGAAGAAAGUUAUGAACGAAAAUAAUGUAAAAGAGAAGGGAAGAAAAAAACGAAAACGUGCAGAAUAUUUUGUUGAUUCGAACAAUAGCGCAAUGAAAAUUAUCAGUAAAAAAAAAUAUGCAAAUACAAAUUAUUCAAUCAAUAUUAAGAAGAACAACAAAUCGAUACACACAUCUGCCUCUCUUGCGGCAUCCAGACGACGAGGGAUCCCUAUGCUUUCGAUUAGUCCAAUGCAACAGUUAGAAAUCAACAAAAGGGGAAAACGAAGACGAAGGGUUUCAAAAUUGAAGUUUAUGAAAAAUAACGAAGAGGAGGAAGUUGGGGAAGAGACAGAGGAAGAUAUCGUAGUUGACACAGACGAAUGGGAUGGGGCUGAAGAAGUGGAAGAGGUGGAACAAGUUGACCAAAUGGACCAAGUGGAAAAAGUGGAGGAAGGGGAAGAAGAAAGCGAGGUGCAGAAAGGAAAAAAACACCUGAGGAAACAACAUUUAUCCAAAAGCAGUAUGACUCUGACACACUCCUCUAUGAAGGAUGACGAGGAGGAGGAUGAAAAUGCAGAUCGAAUGAAUAAGAAAAAAAGGAAGCGGGGAAGAGAAGAACAGGGAAUAGAAAGGAAAUCAGAACGUGACGAACGAGCAGAACAAAGAAAAAAAAAUUAUGAGCUUAGAACAAGCCUUACCACUGCAGCAGAAAAAGACAUACGAAGAAGCACGAGUAUUAUAUCAGGUGGAAGCAUAAAUGAAGUGACCAGAUCGAAUGACAAAAAUGGAGAUGAAAACACACGAAAACAAACAAAGAAAGGAAAUACAUAUAAUUAUAUAAAAGAAAUUAUCGAAAAAUUUAACGAUAAUUUAUUAUCAAUUAUGAUGAACAUUUCAGAAGUUAUGAAUUAUAAAGCUUUUUUAAAUGAAGUUAAUGAAAGUUAUGCCCCCAUGUAUUACACUGUUGUUCAAAAACCCAUGUAUAUAAAUAAAAUAAUAUUUCGUUGUAAAAAAAGGAAAUACAACAAUUUGAAUUUAUUUUUUGAUGAUGUAAAUUUGAUAGUCACGAAUUGUAAGCUGUAUAACACUCCCAUGUCUGUUAGUGCAUAUCUCUGUGUCAUUGUUGAUAAUAUGUUUUCUGACAUUGUGAACAAAGUAAAGACAGAUGAAAAUCUACAGAAUUAUAAUACUAUACUCAUGGAGCAUUUUUAUAAAAAUAAAAAUUUAAAUUAUACUUGGGAAACCCAAAACAUGGAAGCGAAUGAUGUUUUUACCGCAUCCCUAACUUCAUCAAAUUGUAUGAACAAGACGACAGGUGACCUUUCUUUGGCAAAUGCAAACGUGAAAAUCCAAGGAGGAGCACACGAAGCAGAUGUAUCAUACGGAGAAGGAAGCCUUUGGAAUAAUUCCAUGCUCUCUUUGGAUUUGUUUCCCAGUGACACAGGGAAAAUUUCCAAUAUGACAGAAGAGAUGAACUCGAAUAACUCCCAAUCAAAGGGCGUGGGAAAAAGAUGCGGAAGAAGAACAGAUCCUUAA